AUGAAGAGCAUUUACUUAUUAUGUUUUGUUUUAUUAAUCUGCCUGUCUACGUGUUUAGCUAGAGAUCUUUUAGUGGGCACAACGUACAACACAAGGCUGGUGUGGCAACAUAAGGCUGAGUACAUGGGUUUUCCUUUUAAAAAGCGGGUGAAGGAAGUUUUCUAUUCUGAUCCGACAAUGCAACUAAUAAAGGGUAUUGUCGCAAGGGAUGUAGAGCAAACGGAGGCUUCGGCCACCAUAACAGCUGGAGGCGUGGGGUUUUCUUUCGUCAACCUCCGAUUGAAGAGUGCCAGGGGUUCUGGACUUAACUAUCAAAUUGAAAUUUACGUGUGA